CGACGAAUGAUUGGUCUCUCCGCUCCGCUCAGUGUACACACCAGAGCCCCGGCUCAAAUGAGGCAGCCAUUCGUUACCUGUUUGUGUCAGUAGUUGGUUGCCGUGGUACCAUCGGCCCAGUACGGCUGUGGGUCGCCAUAGGCAGACGCCGUGAAGGGCAUCUUCUGAGGCCGGGAUGAACUUGGGUAGCAGCACGCAAGCACCAACCACAACUGAGCGAACACCACACAGCACAAGGACAAAGGCAUCCACAAGGUAAGUCUUUAUCUUGUCGUGCCGCCCACCCGUUCUUGGCGACGCUGAGAACACAGGGAAUGCACAUUAGAAACGCGAUCAUCGCCUGAAGACACGACCAACGAUUUUCAUUGCAAAAAGGCGUCUGUGUGUCCGUGUCUGAAAGCGCGCUGACCACGAAGUCGAGUACGAUGACCCAGGCCAAACGCGGCAGACCCAAAAUAUACUUGGGCUCACCAUCUGCCGCCAGUCACACACAGGCGUGGGGCUCGUAAUGUGCAUCUCUUUCCUUCUCUUUCGGCUCACUCACUUGGUGAGAGGAAUAGCUGGAGGGUCUCGUAUGCAAUCCUGCUGAGUGUCAGGCGGUCCUCUCCCUCCACAGGAAUGCUAGUAGUGCCACCCGGAGCAGCAGACGAGGCAGGCUUCUGCCUCUCCGUGCCUUGCGAGGAAUUCUCGCCGUGUUUGGGCGCCAACACGACUCCAUGGUUGCCCUUGUGGUGAUGGUGGUGGCCCGGGCGGCGCUGCAGAGAUACCGAAGAAGAUGCGGGAUGGGUAUGGUUGCUGGCCGCAGGGGGAUGGUAGUUGUGGUUGGGAUGCUGAUGCCAGCUAUGCGGGCGUCGGUGGUUGCGCCCAUCAUUGAAUGGAUUAUGGGCUUUUGCCGUUGUGAUGAUGCCUCCCCGGUCCUCGGCCUCGUCCUCCCUCUCUAUCAUUUGCUCCAUGGCCGGCGCCAGCUUGAAGUGCGGGCGCUGCGCAGCGUGGAACUGCAGCAGAAAUGAGUGGCCAUCGUCGUCGCCGAUGGUCCGCGGGCGGCUGAGGUGGUGCUGGAGGUCCACUCGCUGGUGCAGAGGUCGCGCAACGGGAUCAGAUGCGGACAGCUGUUCGUGCUCCUUGGAUGAACCCAGUGCCGUGAUGGAUGGGCAGAGCCAUAAGAGAAUGCAAAGGGGAGCCAGCUGCCACAUGGUGCAUUAGAAUGGUAGAGAUAAACGACUUCUCCAAACGGCGAAAUCAUCCGUCAUGCAUUCUCG